AUGUCGAACUCAUCGGACGAGAAGGUCACGGAAAAUAAACCGCCGGUUAUAAUCGAGACCUUGUCAGAGCUAGUCGAAGAUGAUAAUCAGCUCAUCAAGAUUGGCAUCGCAGCCAUGGAUCGGAAGGCAAGAUCCAAGCCGAUGCGCAACAUCUUAUCCAGACUUGUGGCUACGAAUAAAUUUGAAUGCAUAAUAUUCGGCGAUAAAGUCAUCUUGGAUGAAGAUGUGGAAAACUGGCCGGUUUGUGAUUUUUUGAUCAGUUUCUUCUCGACUGGUUUUCCGAUGGAUAAGGCUAUCCGAUAUGUCAAUCUAAGAAACCCGAUCCCCAUCAAUGAUCUCCCGCUCCAAAAGCUUUUCUGGGACCGCAGGUUGGUACUGGCGGUUCUAGACAAGAUUGGCGUUCCAACACCCAAAAGAUGUGAAUUAAACCGAGAUGGAGGACCGAAAGUGGAUAAAGAAGUGGCGAUCGAGAUUGAGCGUCGAUUCGGAUUGAACUUGAAUGCCACUCGUCCGCCCCCCAGAUCAUUCCAAGUCCAAAAUGAUUCAGCUUUACUCAUCGAUGGCGUCAGAAUGGAGAAGCCGUUUGUCGAGAAACCGGUCAGCGGUGAAGAUCAUAACAUCAAUAUUUACUUUGGGGGUGGGAAUGGAGGUAGAAGGUUAUUUCGCAAGAUUGCAAAUCAGUCUUCAAUUCUCGAUCCUGAACUAUCAGAUCCACGUACAGAGGGGUCUUUCAUAUACGAACAGUUCAUGAAGACCGACAACUACGAAGACAUCAAGAUCUACACCCUGGGCCCGGACAUCGUCCAUGCUGAGACCCGAAAGUCACCGGUGGUCGAUGGGAUCGUCAAGAGAAACUUGGAUGGAAAAGAGAUUCGAUACGUCGUCGAGUUGACGCUUGAAGAACGUGAGAUCGCCCGAAAGAUCAGUACGGCUUUUAGUCAGACGGUCUGCGGGUUUGAUAUCUUAAGAGUCAAGGGGAAGAGCUACGUCAUCGAUGUCAAUGGAUGGAGUUUUGUCAAGGGAAACGACAGCUAUUAUGAUAAAUAUUUGAAACCAAAACCGACGGUUUCUUCAUGGAAACUCAAAGCCAUGAUCUGCGUUUUCCGACAUGCCGACCGAACUCCCAAAAAUAAGUUAAAGUUUAACUUUACUGCUGAUGAAUCUGGUUCUCAACCAUUUAUCAAACUUUUACAAGGAAGAAAGGAUGAGAUCAUUCUGCGUACAAGUGAUCACUUGGAACUGAUAGCCAAUGCGACCGACGAAGCCAUCGCGAUUGAGGAUUCUGACCAAAGCAAAUUAGAGCGACUCAAGUCGAUCCUUUGCUCCAAGAUGGGCAAGCAGGGGCUCAAAGCCCAAUUAAAGCCCAGCUUCAAAACCGAGGAUGGCUCGUUGGAGAAAAUCACCAUCGUCAUCAAAUGGGGUGGCGAAUUCACUCACGCGGCCCGAUAUCAGUCUAGAGAUAUUGCUGAAAAUUUUGCCAAGGAUUUAAGAGUCAUGAGCAAGACCAUGUUGGACGACGUUACAAUCUUCACUUCUUCUGAGAGUAGAGUCGUGGCAACUGCCGAGAUAUUUAGCGCUGGCUUGCGGGAGGCUUGCAAGGCCCAUAGCAAAACGGAACCCAAGACUAUUCCCUUGGUCACUCGCAAGGACCUCUUAGAUGACUCCAAUGCUGCCAAAGAGCCUAUGGAUCGGGUCAAAAAGCGGUUGAAAGUGCUCCUCAGACAUAAUCAGGGGGUAGAGGUUGAUUGGCCUAUUGCAGAUAAGGAGCCCUUCGAUGUCGUUCAAGAAGUGAUUGCCAUCUUGCAAGAACAACGUGACGUGAUGCACAUGAAUUGGGAAAAAUUGGAUGUUGAACAGAUUCAAUCACGUUGGUGCUGCGGGGAGUGUCCAGUGCUGUUCAAGGAGCGCUGGGAUAAGCUAUUUAGCGAUUGGUGCGAUGGAGCACUUGAUCCCUCAAGAGUUUGUGAAUUGUACGAUUCAUUGAAGUAUGAUUCCCUGCACAACCGGACGUUCUUAGAAACGAUAUUUUCUAACUCUUCGACCUGGCCGUCCCCCGUAUGCAGUGAUGCCUCGUCUGCGCUGGCCAUGCCCGGCUCAGCACCAUCAAUGAUGCCCUCUAGUUCUUCAUUCACAUCCCACCAACAUUUUAAACCGAUCAGCUUAAUGCGAAGUGGUGACACCUCGCCUGCGUCGAUUCCGACUUCAGCGGUUUCACUUGGUCAUCAUCACCAUCCUCGACAAGCUUCGCUCAAGUAUUCAGCCCCGCAGAGUCCGGAUGGAACUAUCAGCGAAGAAGAUGCUGGAUGGUGUGAGACAGAAAGCUUACAGCGUUUACGAAAGCUUUACAAGGAUGCAAAAUUACUGUUUGAUCUCAUUGCACCACAGGAAUACGGGAUCGACCAGGGCGAGAAACGUGAAAUUGCUCUGUUGACAUCUUUACCUCUCUUGCAGAAAAUCUUGAGUGAUUUGAAUGCAGCUAAAGAAAGCCAAGGAGGUCUCGCACGAUUUUACUUUACUAAAGAGUCACACAUGCAUACUUUAGUGAAUUUAGUGAAGCUGUCCAAAUUGAAACUAGCUCAUCGAGACGUGAUGGAAUUAGAUUACAUGGCCUAUCUAUGCUUCGAAGUUUAUGAGCGGAUUUCAGAAGUUGGCAAAAGCGAACAUUCGGUGAGGAUUUCGUUGUCCGAAGGUGCCCAUGGGAUUCCACUUGAUACUAGUCUGGAUGCCAAGCACGCCUUACAAGUGAUCCCACGAAGGCAACUAAUCCCACACAAAGACCUCGACGAAGUGAUCGAAAGCUUAGAAGAUUGGGGCGAGAAUUUAUUGGAAUUAAAAAAGAGUACGACUCCAUAUGAUGGCUUCUUACCGCUGGAAGGUGAAGAUAUAUUUUCAAAGUAA